GUUAAUGUAAGCAAGUGAUAGGUUUGGUUUAGCUUUUAUUGUGAAUUUCAAAUUGUUAAUAUGGCGUUUUUCGGAAUAAUUUGGGCAGCAGAUAGUAGGAGAAGAAGAUACAGGCAAAGAUACGCCCUUAGGUAUCUCAGAGAUGCAGAUAAUGUAUGGGAAGUGAGUGAUGAAAUUUUUAUAAAAAAUUUUCGAUUAACGAAAAAUGUUAUGAAAGAUUUAAUAGAACUGUUGGAACCACAUGCGGAGACUCAUACAGCAUCAUGGAGUAUCCCUUUUUAUUUGCGGGUACUUGCAGCGAUUCAUUUUUUUGGUCAUGGCUCAUAUCAGACUGAUUUAAUUAUAAAGCAUGCUACACCAAAGUACGUGAAUUUUCCUAAAACCUCAUCAGAAAGAGAUGAAAAUAAAAAGAGGUAUAUGUUACACCACUUCAUUUUAUACGAAGUUUGGCAUGCCUGGCAUUUUGGGUGCAUAGACUGCACACACAUAAGUAUAGUGGCUCCCAAAAAAGAUCACCCCGUGGCACCAGCUGCUAUUUAUAUGAAUAGGAAGGGCUAUUACUCAAUUAAUAUUGAAGUAAUAUGUGAUGCCGAUGAACGGAUAUUGUUUGCGAGCAGCAGAUAUCCUGGCUCCACUCAUGAUGCAGCCAUUUGGAAGGUUUCGACAGUCAGAGCCCUGCUAACUCAUAAGGCUGAUGAUGGGACAUAUUUAUUGGGAGAUUCAGGUUACCCAUUGGAACAUUGCCUACUCACACCAUAUAGGACAUCAGUAGGCUCUACCCAGGAGAAAUACAAUAGGUUCCACAAAAAGACUCGCAAUGUAAUAGAGAGAACAUUUGAUGUUGUUAAAAGUCGUUUUCGAUGUUUGCAUCGUCACAGGACACUGCAUUAUACACCUGAUAUGGCAGGAAAAAUUGUGUAUGCAGUAUUUACUCUGCAUAAUAUAUGCAGAGAAAAUAAUAUUCCUCUGGAUGAAGAACUGACGGAAUAUAGUGAUGAUUUUGGAAACGAAGUAUUGAGGCAGAUAAUAUGGCAUAUAACAUCAGAAAUUCUUAUGCCAGAAGAU